AUGUCGACCCUUAGGCUUGCGACAGCUUCCAAUGUACGCGCUUUCCAGAUACUGACCGAAGCUCUCGACGCAAGCAACGGGAAGUGGUCACAAUGGAUUGAAAGCGAAACACUCGACGACGAGGUCGGAAGAUUCAGGGUGUGGGCUGGCAACUUGGGAGCGUUGCAGAAAGGCCACAGCUCGCUUGACUACAGACUGCGCGGCUCCCCAGUCUUAUUCAGCAGCGCCCUCAGACUACUGAAUGAGCUUGAGCAGAAUCUGAAUGAAACAUAUGCUAUCGUUUCUGAGGCGCGCCUGCCUUAUGAACAGCAAACGCCAUCGGAGGGUUCUGACGAUGAUAGCGACCGUGGCUCGUCCAGCGAGGAAGAGGAACACGACUCUGACAGCGACGAGCCUAGAAGCGAGUUGCGGAUGAGAUAUGAAGAAAUCGUGGACAUCAUCGACAACCUCUACAAGCUCAGCGUCCGCAUCAGGACACCGACCGUACGCUCAAGAUCGCUCAAAGCCUCUGCCUACACGUCAGUGGAUCCAGAAACUGGUGUGGAUAUCCUCGGUGUGUACGCUGAACUGGAUCGAAAGCAUGUUCGAGAGCUGCUCUCGCAGCUACGGAAGACGCAUCCUGCACAGAAUGAGGAAGAUCAGGACUUCUUGACCGAGCGGUUGAGCUCUGCUAUUACAUUGCGUAGGCGGCAUUUCAAGUAUUGGAAGCGUCAGGCGACGCACCAUCACCAGUCUCUAGACGAUAUCGUGGACACCAAAUCCGUGACGAGCUACGCGGUCACCGUGAAAGACUUGGACGGAAAAGGUAUCGAUCUACCACCCCCUCCGAAGGCUGCUACAUGCGACAAAGACUUCGAAUGCCCGUACUGUUGGAUCGUCUGCCCUGCACGAUACGGUAAAGGACGAGCUUGGAAAACCCAUCUGCUACAAGACCUUCAGCCUUACAUAUGUACAUACCGAGACUGCGAGAGUUCCGAACUGCUCUUUCGUAGUCGUCGGGAGUGGGCGGAACACGAAGCGACUCAUCGCAAGCUAUGGCGCUGCCCCGAACACGUGAACGCCUUAUACAGCACCCAAGCUGGUCUUGAAAAUCACUUUCGGCAGGAACAUAUUGGUAGCUUCCCCGACGAUCAGAUAGCUAUCAUGGCUAAGAUCGGAGAAACCAUAGCUGUGGACUCACGGGAUAAGUGUCCGAUCUGUUUCGUGCCCACGGUCACUGAAGGCUUGGGUGAUUUGCAGAGCCACAUUGCAAAUCAUCUGGAACGUCUGGCUACUUUUGCCUUGCCGCAUGGCAGGGAAGACGACGAAGACGGUGCUAGUAGUGUUGCAAGCCGUGGGAGCUCUAACUCUCAAUCUUUACUCGGGUCGAUAAGUACCGGUUCAAGCAAUGAGAUGGUCGCACUCAACCGGGAUCUGGAAACUGGGCAGUCUGUUGAGACGGAGCUCAAUGGGGAAGACCAUCUACUGAUGCAGUUCAGGGAUGAGAACUUGCCAUGGAAGGAGAUCGUAGCGCGCUUUCAGGAAACCUUCAGCAGGCAGUACGAUAUACCAACAAUGCAGAGGCGCCGUAAGCAACUGGUGGAUCUGGCAAACAAGCAAUCUCUUGAGUUCGAGUUCAGUGAGAAAGACCGACUACUGCUACAACUCAAAGAGAAAGAGCACAUGCCGUGGAAGGACAUUGCAGUGCGCUUCUCAGAAGUCUUUGGCACUGAUUACCGAAACCGAAUACCCGCACUCCAGAUGCGUAUGAAGCGAGUAAGGGAACGGAUACUCGAGCAGUAUCUUGCGUCUGGACUCAGUGGGGAAGACCGCCUGCUACUGCAACUCAGCGCCAAAGAUCGCAUGCCUUGGGAGGAGAUUCAAGCGCUGUUCCGGAAAGCCUUUGGCAAGGAGUACGAAAUAACCGCACUCGAGUCUCGAAUGCAGCAACUUUAUGAAGGAAUGAAUAAGCAGUCACUCCUACCAACCGAGACCAGCCGAGGUCUGCUGUCCGCGGAAAUACUACAGCAACUUCCAGACGAAAGUCAAAAUCGAAUGGCAGUGUUCUCAAAUCAAGUGGACGACCUGGACGACCUGGACGACUCGGAAGACGAGCAACUCGAGGAUGAACAGCCUGAUGAAAACAUAUUGCCUGAGCACCAGAAACAUCUGGAAGAACGGGAAGCGUUUAGACAACACGUCUCAUCAUUACCAGGAGUUCUAUCGGUUCGGUUUUAUCGCGGUUAUGGCUCAUGGACUGGCCUUAUCACGUUCGCCGAUGAUCUGGUGGGCGAACAAGCAACUGCGCUGUUUGACGCUCAGCAAUUCCCCAACGUUGUGUUCAAGAGUAAAAGGAACAAAAGCAAGUGGACAUUCACCAGAAUCACUGAGAAGGACGGCUCCUUCGUUCGCCAGUCAACUGUGGAUACACAAACCACUGAAGAAGCCGAGAUUCUUCCACCCGGAUCUGAAACGUAUGACGAAGAAUAUGAAGAUCCAAGCAAACAACCAAUCAUCACAACUGCAGAGAUCCCUACGCUACGCUCGCUUUACCAGUCCCGGCGGCUGUUGCAGCGCGAUCAGAGCUUUGCGCCAAACGAUGCUUACAACCAGUUGAUCUCGUUCUGCCAUUACGACCUAACGAGACUGAAAGUGGAUGCCAUAGUCAGCAAUGCCUCCGCUAAUUUCCAGACCGAUCCUGAUCCAGAUUCUCUGCACCACGCUAUCUAUAAAGCCGGCGGCCCAGGCCUCAGGGAAGAGGCAAGAUCGAAAGCUAAGGUCAAAGUGGGUCAAGCCGAGCUCACCCACGGACACAAUCUUCCGAGCUCCUGGGUGAUUCACGCAGUUGCACCAGGAUAUACCGGCCGCAAAGGAGUUGGUCAAUUCAACGUCCUUUCCGAGUGCUAUCGGAGUGUCAUGAGAAUGGCGGCUAACUACGAGUUCAAAACAAUCGCCUUUCCUUGCCUGGGUACCGGGGGUUGCAUGUUCCCUGCACGUGUCGCUGCACGUAUAGCGCUGCAAGAGAUCAGGGAAUACCUGGAUUCACAUCCUACACAUCGACCUGAGCGAAUAAUCUUCUGCGUACGGGCAGCAGUCGAUGAGAAGGCGUAUACCGACUUUCUACCGGUUUUCUUCCCACCCACACAUGGAGACUUGGACAGAGCCAGAACUUCAGACUGGUCCGCGAAUCGUGCUGCGCUGGCAGCUCAGGUACUAGAGGCACGUACGCAACUUCAAAAUGCGUUGACUGCAAUCACUGUUACCUACGACUUUGGCACGCAAAGUACGGUCUGUGCUCACGACAUGCGUCGGAUCGACUCUACGCUGAGUUCGAUCCGCAAACAUCUCUUAGGGUUGAAAGAACUCAAGCGGAGUCUGGGCGAUCUCAAUCUACUAUGCUCCGUGACUUUCACGGCAUGUGCUGACAUUAUGGAUAUGGCCGAGCGAGCACGUAAACAGGGCCGCGCUGGAAAUACGCAGUCUAUCUGGACCGAAGCCAACUCCGAUAUACGAGUCAAGCAUGGAUUUGAGCUCACGAGUGUCUUUGACUACAGCUGGAUCUUCGCCAAUAGCUUAGAAGAGGUACUUAUACUUGGCAAAGCAGAACCAGAUGCGAUGGGACGAGCACGCCAGAUUCUGGAGACCUAUGGUGUCAAACAGAAGGGCCAAGAUGCCGAAGGUAUCCGCGAUCAUCUGGAUGAGGUACUGUACGUGCGUGAGGCUGAACGUCCUACCCCCAAAGUUCGCGGACUCAUCCAAGUUCAUCAAAUACCCCCCGUAGCGAGGCUCUACAUACUGGGCCAACUGGAAGCGAAGCCUACAAUGGCGAAACCCUCCACUCUAUUCAACCACACUGUAUGCUUACUGAGAGAGGACAUCACGAGGCUGGAAGUCGACAUCGUGGUAAACUCAACCGAUCUAAGCUUCUCCGGCAUGGGUACUCUAGACCGCAGCAUCUUCAAGAAAGGAGGAGAUGAACUGCGCUCGGAAGUCUCAACCUUCGGCAAAUGCGAAGAAGGCGACGUCAAAGCAACCGCCGGAUAUCUUCUGCCAGCCAAACACAUUCUACAUGUCGUUCCGCCUGGAACGUUCAGGAGCGAUACCAAGAAUAUCUUGAGGAACAUCUACCGGGCAAUCCUGCAUGAUGCCGUACUCAUGAGGGCGACUUCCAUCGCGAUACCGAGUAUCGGAACUGGUAUGCGGAAUUACCCGCGGCGCGACUGCGCGUCGUUGGCGAUGGAGGAAGUGAAGCGCUUUCUGGAAUCUGCUGAGCCGGGUAAUGGGCUUGAUAAGAUUAUAUUCGUUGUCUUCUCUUCCAAUGACGAGUUUGUUUACAAGAGCCUUUUGCCGGUCUACUUUCCGCCAACGAAGGGCAAUACUUCGCCGACUAUCUUGGCGGAGCAGCCUGCGCAGGUCGAGGGAAGUUCCUUUUCGUCAUUACCGGCUACCACAGAUCAGCCUUCCCCGUCCAUCCCAGGAGAAGAGACUACUCGCAGUGUCCGAUUUGGCAAGCAGCCGGUAAAGUCGCGGGCCUGGAACGACGACGAAGCCAAGACUCUGAUGGACUUUGAACUACAUGUCGGAACUUGCAAAGUGUGCGGAAACGGCCUCUAUGAGAGCACUCAAAGGAUUUGCGAUCUGGGCUUUCAUUUGGCCGAAGCAGUUACACAGCGAACGGAGAUGUCUGAAGAUGCGCUCGUGUACAGCAAAGCGGACGAGCAGGGCCAAAGGGAGCAACUGGAGAUGCCGGUGGAACAAUUGCCCAGUACCAUGAUGUUUCUCUCCACCGUCGCGAGAGAUAGACGUUAUAUGUCUGAGAAUGCAUCUGCUCAAGUCGAAAAGCCUGACACGACAGACUCUGAUACGCCUGCAUUGGAGAACCCUUCGGUACCAAAAGACCUGGACGAUAUUUCGCACGCUACAGAGCAACCCGCGGUAGUCCGAGUGGAAAUCUUGUCCCCACGCACCGAUACUGGAGACUGGUUCUACUCAUGGGUUCGAGUCUUCAGGAGCAAGAUCGAGAUGUACUCUGGGGAUUAUGAUCCUGAUCCAUACGGAGAAUCUACUGGACAUAUGCCGUAUGCGUCCAUGGAUUUUACCGAUACGACCACAAACGUGGACGGCGGCAAAGGCAACAUUGUAUCUUUGUGGACAGUAACGCAAGGACUAGACCAGGGAGAAACAUGGCGUUUUCGUAGCUCUGAAGUUGCUGAUUCAAUCGCGCUUCUCGAGCUUUUCAAAAGAGCUAUCAAUCGUGGCCGUUGGGAGCGGGAGAAGAAGUUAACAGCGGAGGUUGGAGAAGCGACAAGCCCCCAGCCAACAGUUGACGCGAAGAGAGAACGGGACAUUGCUGAAGAUCGAUCUGCUGAUGUCAACAAACCUGAUGCUGCGAAGCUCGACGUUCAAGUCCAGAAAGAUGACAAGGCGGCCCACUUUUCGGAAGCCGAAGAUGCGAAUGUUGUAGCACCAGAUGCGGGGCCACGUGCUGUGAUCCGUGUCGAGACUCUCGCGAAGUCGCGCGGAGCUUCCGAUUGGCCGAACGCCAUUCUAUACGUCUAUGAGGGCAAGAUUGUUGUGGAACUUGAGAAGAACGAUGGCCCAGACCAACCAUAUACGACAAUAGACCUCACGAGUGGUAUUCCACAUCUGGGCCGCCGACGUGGGGAUCCUGGAAUCGGCCAUGUGGAUACGGCGUGUCUACGGGUGACAAGCAGGGGAGACUGGGAAGAGGGAGGCUGGGAAAGCACAUGGUACUUUCGCAGUCACGGAGAGUCUGAUACAGACGCAAUGUUCAAUGUCCUUCAGGAAGCCGUUGAUCGCAAUAGGAAAGUAGGGAAGAAAAUAGCGUCUACUGGGGUCGAAGAAAUGACAAGCCCGGGACCAACGACUGCGCCAAUUGCACAGCGCGAGGGAACUGGAGAAGCUUUCGAUGCGUCGUCUUAUCCUAAAUGGAACCAAAGAUUACGCGACAUCAAAGAUCAAGCCGAUGACAAGCACCGCACCAGAGGAGAAACCGUUCCAGCAUACGACGCGCCAGCAGAUAGUACAUCCAACUCGGGCAGUGGUUCAACCAAUUUGGAGCCAGAGUCAGGGGAGCUUACUCUAAACACACGGAUCCUUGCCUACCUUGAUGAUGAUUUUAAGACCCGACCUGGCUCGUACAUAGGUCAGAACUUCAAGGAGAUCGCUUCUAGCCUCGAGUCCUGGCGCCCUAGUUCCAUCACCGAUGCUUUACGAAGGCUAGCUGCAGAAGGAAAAGUCCACAACACUGUUGACGGUGAGACAUGGGUUAUUUCGAGACCAUACACUGAGCUUCGUACAUCGGACCGAGAGAACCAACCAGAGAAACCAAGCGAGACUGGUACAGAUGCUCUCGCUAAUCAAGUCUUGAUAUACAUGAAUCGUGUAAACGGCAUAGCACUGCUCCUUUCCAUGGUCAAGGUGCUUCAAACUUCUACCAACGCAUUAUGGCCUGCGAUUAGGUACCUAAAAGCCAACGAUCUCAUCUCUAGUCAGGCUGGCGAACAGGUCUGGACCUUGACCGACAAGGGUAGAACAAGAGUACGCGAGUUACGGUUGCAAGCAGCAAAAGCAGGACAAGACAUCGCGCAAGCUACUGGAUCAAACCCCAAUGCAAGACCCAGCCCGUCUAGCUACUGGUCUACCUCCGAAUUGCAGGAUUUCAAAAUCAAUGCUGCACGCUUUGGCACGGACUGGACAGCAAUGGCGAAUCACAUGGGUACAAAAACAUCUACUAUGCUCAAAAACAAUUACCUACGUCUUCUGGAGAUGGACGGCCCAGAAUUGGAGCAGUUGGCACAGGAAGCAGAUGCUCGAAACGCUCCCGCUUCUCAACAACUUGCUACGGAGACUCUCGAGUCCAUGAAGCAGCCCACAUCAGAUGAGGCCAACGCUAUUGCUGAAAAGCGCGUUGAUUCCGAAGCUGAGCCAGAAAAAGAUCCCAACAAGGAUGAGGAUACAUCAAACAACCUAGCCGACCGUGUUUUAUCUUACCUGAGAAGCCCGCUUGGAGUGAGCAGAAACAUAUCGGAUCUCGCGAUUACAUUUAAUACUCCGGUCGCUGAGCUUCAACCAGUACUCAAACAGUUGAGAUUUGAUGGGUUGGUGGAGAACGGGGAGGAUAAGUCGAUCUGGACUGCGACAGUUUCAACUCAACAUUUUCGUCCACAGUCGACUCGCGCGGGGCUCACACCCCGUUCUCCAACCGCAAAGUCAAAUGUACUUACGUAUCGCAAUCGUGGUGGCUACAACAGAGUUCUAUGCUCGAACUGGCAAAAGCAUGGCCAUCCUUCAGACUACAACUUUGUCGAUGAAGAGGAUGAGCUGUGCGCUCAUUGCAUUCAGGCACCGAGACGGGAAGGUGCAGUCGUGGAGAGCGCUACACAUGAUGAUGACACUUCGACAACCCACGUCCGACCGACUGGCUCAGGAUCUUCGAUUAUGGACGCUGCAAUUAACAGCGGACAAAUUUAUAUCUCCGAGUCCUCCAGCUAUGAUAAUCGCCCCUGGAAUCAAACACCUCUACCUCGUACACAGAUCCCUACGAGUUUCAUAGAUGAACGCAUUCUUAUAGAGCAAGGGUUUAAACCCGACAAGGAAGCUGGUAUUUAUUAUGUGGAACGCAAAGUCGGACCCGAGGAAACUGGGGAAUGGCUCAGGCAGACGAAAGAGCUACAGAUAAAGGACUCCCAGGUCCCGCAAGAACCUCCAGAGGAGACUCAAUCCGUGUUCGCCGAACGAGGCAGCGACUCAGGCGAAGACUUGCAGAUGGGGCGGUCAGAUCGUGAUGAGUUUGUUGAGAGCGUUGAAAGCAUCGCCAAGGCAGAAAGACGCGCUGGAUUGAGGGACUCAGAAAUCGAAGAAGACACGGAUACAGAUGAUGCCAUGGUCAUGAAUUUCGCGCAGACGAACAGGAUGAAGCCACCAAGCUGGAUUCAUGUCAGGCGCAGCAAGAGCCAAAGCCAAAGCCAGGGGUCCGGAGCUUUGCAUUCUGGGAAGAAAAAGCUGGGCCAUGCCACAGAGGGUGACGAUGGAAAUUCCGGUCGCGACAUUCUCGAUCCCAUAGUCGCUAUACCCGAAAAGGAAGGGUAUGAUCGCCUAACCUCGAAGCCAGCAGAGGCCACCCCGAAAGCUCCUGCUACUGACCAAGCUUCCAGUUGGAGAGACGGCAGGGGCACAAAAGAAAGGAGGCAGACCAGAUUCAGUAGGGCAAUGACAGGUGAUAUUGAAGAAGACGUGGAGUCAGGCACAGCGAGUAGCUUGAGAAAAGCGAGGGUUGUAAGGGAAAGGAAACACAAUGAAACGAGCAAGGCAAAGAAGGAAGACAUUGAUGACGAACUGGAGGACUACGAUGGACAGGAGGAAGACUUUGUAUAA